AGUACAUCAACAUCACACUCCUGGCUGUCAGUCAUGGUAAUGGUCGUGGUAUGAUGGGUAUGUCUGGUCGUGGACGUCCUGGUCCUGGUCCUGGUCCUCGUCCUGGUCCUCGUCCUGGUCCUCAUCCUGGUCCUCGUCCUGGUCCUGUCCGAUGGAACUGCAGGGAGGGUCCUCGGCUGUAUGGCGCCAUGCAGAUUGAUGCUGGAAUGGGACAAGUGGUUGUAGCAGACAAGUACAAACGGACGUACUUCCUCAGUGGACUUGCCUUCUACAGACUGGGCAGACUGGGCAUGAAGCAUGUCACAGUGGGAGCUGGGGGAUUGUGGGGAACUUGCCAUGCCAACAAGGUGUACAAAUAUGUAGCUGGAGACUUCAAACUUGCCAAAGGUCUGUCUAUGUACCAGGUGGAUGCUGGCGGUGAUGGUCAGAUUGUUGGGGUAGGAUCCGGCAGACAUAACGCCUACUGUCUGAAAGAGGAGAAAGCUUUGGGCUACUGUGGAAGAAACACCCUGAACUGGACUUCCCUCUCAAGAAAGAUGAUGUACUACAGCUGUGGCCCAAGGAUGGGAUGCUGGGGAGUCGACAAAAGUCACAGGAUCUGGGUCACAAAGAAUAUAUCACCAACCAACUGCAGCACUAGUGGCUGGACAGCCGUGCCAGGGCCAAGAAUGAAAAUGAUUGAAGUGUCGUCAGACGGGAAAGUUUAUGGCGUGACGACAACCGGCAAGAUCUACCAAAGAGCUCGCAUCACCAACGGUUGCAGACAAGGCAAAAGCUGGGUUCACGUCCCAAUAUGCAUGCCUGUCAGACACGUGUCUUUCGACCAGUGGAAUCUCUGGAUCGUGACCACCUCUGGUUUGAUCAUGAAGUGCUCACACUAAUGUCAUCAGUCUGUCUUGGCUCUCAUCCAUUCAAAGUUCUUCAUUUUCUAUCAAAUCAUUCAGUGCACACAGUUAAUAAAUGAUUAGCGUUUGAUUUUUUUCUACAGAGUUAAAUCUCUGCUGUAAGUGCACUCAUCUUCUCUUUAUUAGACAGUUUAUGUGGUAAUCAGUGAAAAAUAUGUCUGCAAGAACUGAUUAAUUCAUAAAUAAAUGAAUGUGGUCUCGAA